AUGGAGUUCCAGGAAAAAUAUAAUGUGCCGAUAUUUACUGAAACUGACAGGGAUGUUUUUCUACGAGAAAUCUAUCCGGAGCGCAGACCUGCCCUGCUGAGAGGAGUGAAUCUGGGGGAGUGCUUGAAAAAGUGGACGGUUGAAUAUAUCAGCCAAAAAGGAGGCAAAAGGGAGGUCAAGAUCCAUGUAUCAACAGUGCCACAGAUGGAUUUUCUUCGGAAAAACUUUGUAUACAAGACUCUGCCAUUCAAUGAAUUUGUGAAAAGAGCAUCUGAAAAAAAGCACAGCAACUUUUUCCUGAGUGAGGAUGAGAGCUACUACCUUCGAUCACUGGGAGAGGACAAUCGGAAGGAACCCGCUGAUCUGAGCAAACAGUUCCCAGACUUGGCCGAUGACUUUGAUAUGCCCAGUUUCUUUGAACCGAAACAGUUUUUCUCCAGUGUCUUUCGCAUCAGCUCAUGUGGUCUGCAGCUGUGGACACACUAUGAUGUGAUGGACAAUCUGUUAGCUCAGGUGACGGGCACAAAGAGAGUGGUUCUUUACAGCCCCCAAGAUGCUUCACACCUCUACAUGUGUGGUGAUAAGUCAGAGGUCCUGGAUAUUGAUGCCCCUGAUCUGAAACAGUUUCCUGAGUUUGUGAAGGCAAGGAGAUAUGAAUGUGUGCUUGAGCCUGGUGAUCUGCUUUUUAUCCCUGCCCUGUGGUUCCACAAUACCCUUGCCCUGCAGUUUGGAGUAGGUGUUAAUGUGUUCUGGCGCCAUCUGCCUGAGGAUAGUUAUGACAAAAAGGACCCAUAUGGUAACAAAGACCCUGUGGCUGCUGCUCGAGCUCUUCAUGCUCUGGAGAGGGCUUUAAAUAUGAUUGAUGAACUUCCACCAGAAUAUAAGGAGUUCUAUGGGCAGCGGAUGAUUCAGCGCAUCCAGAAGCGGACAUGUUGUGAAAGCCUGUCAGCGCAAAACCUGCAUAAUAACUGUGACCCUACAUUACCCAGCAUCCAAUUCACUAAACCUGGAUGA